GUCCAGACACUUCUGUCUCCAUACACAGUCCCUCCUCUCCCUCUUUCACCUCUCUUCCCCCUUUUCCUUCGCUCCAGCCCUCACUAGCCCAUGCUUCAGGAGCUCUGGAGACUCCCAAUCCAGUCAUCCUCCUCACAAACACAGGAAACAUCAUGGCCAACUGCAGCAGCGUCUCCAGACUUUUCCUCCUGGCCCUCCUCUGCCUCUGGGUAGCCACCCUCCACUCAGAGACCGUGGCAGACCCCGCACCCACUUUACAAGGGGACAACCAGGACAUGCUGUCCGGAGAGGGGGCAUAUGACAUCACCACCAAAGACCCCUUCCAGGAUAUGACGGAGAGAGUGUUCACCUUAGAGUACGAGGACACCACCCACUCACAGGCCAUGGACGAGGAGGAAAAUGUCCUGGGCCCUGGCGCCAUCACAGCCAUUGUCAUCGCAGUCGUCCUGGGGACUUCAGUCCUCCUCGCCCUCAUCAUCAUCACACUCAGGAAGUUUACUGCUUCCUAGAGCCACUUCCUCUUCCUCUCUCGCUCUCUCUUGCUCUCAUUGUCACUUCCAUUCAUCUAUCUUUAUUGUUUUUCCCAUUCUCUCUACAUUCCGUUUCCCUUAUACACACACAUAUUGUGAAAGUGAAACCCUCUACAACCCUGGACAACCCCUGGAUGCUAUAAUGGUAUGUGGCAGGUCCCUUUGGCCUUGAAGAGCAACUGACAAUGAAAUUCCUUCAGACUCUAGCUACUGUAAUCAUGCUGUUCUUCUUAGCACACGUCCACUAUUACAUUGUCAAUUGGAGACUAAGUGAAAAUGUACCUUAAGUGGAAGUUAGGAUUUGCACAUAAGAGGAUAUUAGAGACUGGCAGGUUCUUCCAGUGUAAAGUCAGAGCUUUAAUAUGAUUUAAUAGUGAAAAUUAAAAUCCCUUUAUUUACUUUAUUUGUAAUGAUCUGUAGUUUAUAAUUGUGUGUCCAAAUGUUUUGUCGAGCUUUGUGAUUUGUUUUUGUUGAUCUUUGUAGAAGUAUUUUUUUUCUGACGGUUAUGUUGUAUGUUGAUGUAUCCUGUCUAUGUGUUGGUCUUUGUGCAUGAAAGGGUGUGAUGAGUGUGUCUUUGUGAAGAUGUAUCCACCAUGUUCAUUACGUUGCAGUAUUACGGAGUUAUUUUGAAUGAUCAUAUCUCAUGAGAGAAUAAUUUUCCCGAUGCCCACAAUGUGCUACCAUUUGUUGCCAAAUAGGUUUUAUAAAAGAAACGUUUGCCAUUUUCCACUGGAACAAACAUAUUGAUAGUGACCCAAAAAUAUAACAUUUUAAAGAUAAAUGCUGGCAUCAAUAAAUAAACAUAAACAGGGUACUUUGUGUGUUUUUACCUGCAAAGCAAAUAUUAACCUUGGGUAUAAAACGACAGCAUGACUGUUGUGUGUUUGUGUAUGGGUGUGUGUGUGUGUGUGUGUGAUAUGAUUUUGGGGGGUUGGAUGGGAUGCAUUGUAUAAUAUUUAGAUAUUCUAUAUCAGAAGACAACUAUUUUCUGUAUUACUCUUGCGUUUUACCAAUCAACUAAUGCUUUUGUAAAACAAUAAAUAUUCUUUAAGGUAAUAUCACCUGUUUGAACUAUGUUUUAUAUUGUAUAAAUCAAUAAAUCACUUCCUACA